AUGACCUCUUCAAUCUUGAUGAGUGUUGAAAGUUUUGUCCUUGGCAUCGAAUUCACCUUUUUAGCUCACUUGAUCACUGGAUUAUCUUUAGGUUUCAUUUUAAGUAUUGUUCCCUUAUAUGUGGGUGAAAUAGCCCCCAGGAAUCACCGAGGAGCCCUCAUUUUCUUACACCAGUUCUUUUUAAAUAUCGGUAUCCUGAUGGCUCAGAUACUUUCAGUAAAGGAAAUCCUAGAACUCUCAGAAGGUUGGUCUAUACUGAUGGGUAUGGUAGGGCUUCUAACCUUGGUUCAACUGUUUCUACUGCCCUUCAUACCUGAAUCUCCGAGGUACUUAAUGAUUUAUAAGAGAAAUGAACCGCAAGCAAGAAAAGUCCUGAAGAUGCUGAGAGAGACAGAUGAUGUGGAUAAUGAAAUUGAAGAAAUGUAUCAGGAGGACCUCGCUGAGGGUAAUAACAAAGACAUGACUCCACUGAAACUAAUACGGACCUCAAGUAUGCGAUGGCACAUCAUCACGAUAGUUGUCAUCAUGGCUGGUUCACAGCUCAAUGGUAUAAGUGUGGCAUACUUUUAUACAGAGCGGAUUUUCUUGAUCAUGCCUAUGAAGAGGAGCGACGUGAAGUACUUAACUACUGCAAUGAUCGUUAUUCUGUGCUCCUCUGUUCUACUAGUGAUUCUUCUGAAGUUUAGGGAGUCAAAGAGGCUGCAGAACAUGAAGUGGAAAUUCUUCAAUGAAAAGUACAACAUUUGUGGGAAACUGCAUAUGGGUUUAGAUGCACAUUAUUUUGCGUGA